UUUAUCAGGCCAUCUCUUGGGCAGAAGGUGUAAACUGACGCAGGUUCAUUGACUUUAAGGGAGUUAUGCAGCUUCACCCUAGUGUGAUAACGCACUGGUCUAGUGGUCUGAUUGUCGGAGUCAAGGAGCACUCACCUCUCCUAAUGAACUGAAAUGAUAAGUUCUGUGCACCUGUGACAAUCACACCACUGGAUAUUAUAGAGAGAGAAUCGGGCUCAUUCCCUCUGUCACUCUAAUCCUUACCAUUGCCCUUCUCCUUCUCUCCACAGGCAGGACAUGAUGUACUGAGAAGGAAAAUGUCCAACCAAACCACUGCGACUGAGUUCCUUCUCCUUGGAUUCAAUGAUGUUUGGGAGCUGCAGAUUUUGCACUUUGUGGUGUUUCUAGUGAUUUAUCUGGCAGCCCUGGUGGGGAAUCUUCUUAUUAUCAUGGUUGGAGCCCUCAACAACCACCGUCAGACCCCCAUGUAUUUCUUCCUGAUGAAUCUGUAUAUCCUGGACCUUGGGUCCAUCUCUGUCACCAUCCCCAAAUCCAUGGCUAAUUACAUGUUGAACAUCAGGUCAAUUUCUUAUGCUGGGUGUGUUGCUCAAGUCUUUCUCUUCAUCUUCUUCACUGAGGCUGACUUUGUUUUCCUCACUGUAAUGGCAUAUGAUCGAUAUGUUGCCAUAUGCAAACCACUGCACUAUGAGACUGCAAUGAACAGGAGAGCUUGUGUCCAAAUGGCAGCCAGUGCCUGGAUCAGUGGGAUUCUCUGCUCUGUGCUACACACUGGGAACACAUUUGCAUUGACCUUCUGUGGAGGCAACAUGGUGGAUCAGUUCUUCUGUGAAAUCUCCCAGCUACUCAAACUUGCCUGCUCUGGCUCGUAUCUCAGUGAAAUUGGGGUUAUUGCCUUUAAUGCGUGUUUAACUUUAAGCUGCUUUGUUUUAAUAAUGGUGUCAUAUGUUCAGGUCUUCUCCAUGGUGCUGAGAAUCCCUUCUGAGCAGGACCGGCAUAAAGCCUUCUCCACCUGCUUUCCUCACCUCAUUGUCAUCUCCUUGUUUGUUUGCACUGCCAGCUUUGCUUACCUGAAACCCACCUCCAGGGCUGGAUCAAUAUCAGGGCUGGAUCUCAUGGUGGCUCUUCUCUAUUCUGUGGUGCCUCCCAUGAUGAAUCCGAUCAUCUACAGCAUGAGGAACAAGGAGAUCAAAGGUGCUCUGAAGAAACUGACUGGGUGAUCAUUAUCCACCACGAAUAAAAUGUGCAGAUCUGUCCAAUGACCAUGGCUUCAUUUUAUGCAUCUUUACUGAUAUAAUCAACUGAUGGCAUUAUUGUCUCUGUGGGAAUUUGAUGUGCUAUCUAUUUAUGCAAAAUGCUGUGUUUCACAGUGAUAACCUAAACUAAGUUCACUGCAGUCAGUGUCGUUACUCUAGAUUUACACCAAGAGAAAUUACA